AUGGACGGAGUUUACGCGGCGGAAGACGUGUUCUACGAGAUCUCCACAAUUCGAGAUCCAGAGAAGAGGAGUUGCACGCUGGCGGACCUGGGGGUUGUGGCACCUGACCGCUGCAGCGUUGAGUACGGCAAAUAUUACGGCAACUCCUUUGUUAGAGACGAAGGAGAAAGUGUGAGUGGUGCUCGUGCUUCAAAGCGAAUUGCUGUGGUGACAGUUGUGUUGAAACCAACCGUGGUUCAUUGCAGUCGAAUGGCAAUUAUUUGCCUUUGUGUUUACGCCAGGUUAAAGGAAACCCUCCCGACGCCGGAGUGUGACUGGAAAAUUGACAUUCGAUUAGUUGAUGGUUCACAUCUGCAGCAGCGUGAACUGGAGAAGCAGAUUUUGGAUAAGGAACGGGUGGCGGCGGCACUGGAGAACGAGACGUUGAAAACGGAGAUGGAGAGACUCAUGAAUGCGGAUUCAGAAUGA